AAAAAAACAAGUAAACAAACAAUCAUAAUGUUUUAAAUGUUGAAAAUUUCUCGGAAAAACUAACUAUUCAAAUUUCAUUUUCGAGCAUUUUGGAUAAUUAAAAGAAAGAGUAUAAACUAAAAUCACAAAGAUACUGAUAAUAGAAAACAAAAAAAAAAGAAAGUAAUGUAAUUGAAUAAAAGUGAUAUUCAAUAUUUAUUUAUCAUUGAUUACAAUGGAAACAUUUAUUUGUCCAAGUGAUAGACAAUUAGCAUUACGUGCAAGACUUGGAACUGGUUGGUCUUCUAGAGCCCAAUCAGCACAACGUCGUCGAGCUCAACCAUUAACAACAGAUGAAGAAGAACAAAUUUUACGUGUUCUACGACGUAAUGAAUUAUUAGCUGAAAAUGAAAAAGCUAGAGUUGAAGCAAUGCUCCAAAAACUUGAUCGUUUAAAACAAACUGCUGAUACUAGAAAAAAUGAAGAAUGUGCAUUAUGUCAUAAAGAAUUUGGUCAUCUAAGUAAUUCACCAAUAGUUUGUGUAGAAUGUAAUCGUUAUGUAUGUACAACAUGUUGUGUAGAAUUAAUUAUUCCAUCAUUAUAUCGACAACCAAUUACAAAGCGUAAUUCAUUACUUAAUUUUCAAUGGAUGUCAAAUACAUAUGAAAGUGGAAAUUUAUUAAAUACAUCAAAACAUCAAACAUACAUUACAAUGGAUCAUACUCGACAAAAUGGAAAUACAACUUUAAAUAAUUUAAACAAAUUAACAAAUGAUACAACCAAAUCACGAUUUUUAAAUCGUCGAAAUAGUUUAAUAGGUACAUUGAAUUCAGCUGCAUUACAUAGUCAACAAUUAUUUGAAAAAGUUAAAGUUAAAGCAAAUUCACGUCAAGGAGAUAAUCAUUCAUUUGUUUGUAAAAUAUGUUAUGAAGCAAGAGAAAUUUGGAAACGUUCUGGUGCAUGGUUUUAUAAAAGUCUUCCACGUAGUCGUAUGACAAGUUGUCCAUCUAGUCCAUCAUCAACACCUGCUAAUAAUAAUUGUCAAAUAUUUAAUGAUAUAACAGACCUUGUAAAACCACUACAAAUUAAUACAAAUAACGAAAGUCAUAUUGAACAUACUGAUAAUGAAUCAGAACAAUGGAUACAAUUAAAACCAAACCGACGACCUUCUAAACCUGAAGGAUCAGAAGCUGAUAGCUCACCUUUACCGAGUACAAGCAAAGAUACACCACAAAAUGAAGUUACGUCAAGUACGAAAUUACGUGGAAUAUCUAAGGGAUUUUCGAAAUCUCCAGAACAUUCUCCAUAUACUCCAACUGAUCAAAGCACUGUUGAUGUACCCAAAUCAAACUCGCCAACAUAUACAAAUGCGCCUGUAACUAUGACUAGUCAAGAUAUCUCACCGGCCUCAUGUCUUUUAUCCGAUUCACUAAAUACUAGUUCAUUAUGGAGACCACAGUCACCUGUUUCAGCACAAUCAUUUCAUCCUUCAUUUGCAUCUAAUAAAAGUGUUAAUCAUUCGACAGCCUCUGCAUUAGCUUCUUCAUUUACUAAUGCCAAUUCUACACAAAAAGUUGUAAGUUUAACAGGUGAAAAAGAACCAUCCAAUCUUCUUCCAUCAUCAUCGGGUGCCACGUCUACAGUACGACGUUCAACUGUAUCUUCAAGUGAAGAAGCUCCAUUCGGUGUACUCUACUUUACAUUAUAUCAUGAUACAUUGAAUAAACAACUUCAUGUAGCUAUUCACAAAGCUAAAAAUUUAAUUGCAAUGGAUGCAAAUGGUUUAUCUGAUCCUUAUGUUGUAUGUCAAUUAUUACCAACAAGUCAUAAUAGUACAACACCACGUACAUCAACACGACCACAAUGUUUAAAUCCAGUUUGGAAUGAAGCAUUAACUUUUGAACCAUUUGAUGGAAAAAAUAUUCAAUUGAAAACAUUAAGAUUAGCUGUACUUGAUGAAGAUUUGUAUGGUUCUGACUGGCUUGGAGAAUAUCGAUUACAAUUAUCUCAACUAAUUCCUAAUCGUUUAACUGAUUUCGCUGUUCCACUUGGCCCACAUAAACCGAUACAACGUGGUGAAUUUGAUUUAGCAUGCCCAACACGUGGUAAAAUACAACUAGGUCUUGGCUAUUUAGAAGAUCGUAAACAAUUAUAUGUUGAAGUAAUUCGUUGUGCUAAUUUAGCUCCAAUGGAUCUUAAUGGAUUCUCUGAUCCUUUUGUCAAAUUAUACCUUCGACCAGAUAAAACUAAGAAAACAAAACAGAAGACUCAAGUCAAAAAAGCUACUCUAUUCCCAGAAUUUCAUGAAACAUUUUUCUAUGAUUUAAAUGCAUCUGAAGCUGGUAGUCGAACACUUGAAAUAACUGUAUGGGAUUUUGAUCAUGGUCCAAGUAAUGAUUUUAUUGGUGGUUUAACAUUAGGUGCUGGUGCUAAAGCUGAAAGACGUGAAUUAUGGUUAGCUGUAUUUAGACCACCAUAUCGUCGUAUUGAAGCAUGGUUUCAAUUAUCAAAUAGAACUGAAAAUGGUAAUCAAUUUACAACACCAGGGGUUUGUGAUUAAAUGUGUUUUUUUUAUUUCUAAAUUAUAAUAUUCAUUAUUUCAUUAAAAAUUUGCCUCUUAUUUCUUUUAUUUUUGUUGGCUUACAGCUUAAAUCUGUGUAAAUUAUGUGUAAUUUAAAUAAAUAAACAUUUCCGUUACUAUUACUAUUAUUAUUAUUAUUAUUAUUAUUGUUUAAACAAACUAUGAACAGUGAAUUAACACUUGGAAUCCGC